CCAACAAAAUCCGCUGUCACAUGAUUGAUAUCAGCUAAUCAGUCAAAAUGGAGAGAAGAGACAUCUCAGAUUGUAACUUUGAUGGUGGAUUUAACACACUCAUUUGUCAAGAGGACUUGAACAUCGAAGAGCAUCAUCCUGACCAAGACAGGCAGCAAGUGUCCAUGUCCAAUAUGAUACCUUCAAAACUGGUUGCAGUGAGCUUGGCGCUACUCGCUGCUGUUUUCCUGAUGAUUGAUAUCGGCCUGGGAGUCCACUAUAACAAACUUACAGAUAACCACCUCACACUUGAUGAUACAGAGCAAAUCAGCAGCGAGUUGCUCAAACUCCAGGACAGUUACAAGACCGCAGUUGAAACCAUGAAGAGUGCCAAUAAGCAGCUGGACAGUGAGAUGAGUCGACAGAAACCAACCAACUGGGAGUUUGAACACCAGAAAAAAAGAACCGAAGAGUAUGAAGUGCAGGUUGAUAAAACUAAGAAGGACAUUGACACAAUGAGACACCACUUACCAAUGAUAAAUGACGGCUGCAAACACUGUCCACCAGGAUGGAUUCUUAGGAACUCAAUUUGCUAUUACUUCGCUUUCUCCGAGUAUGAAGGACUGAAAUCAUGGCAAAACGCUAGAGACUACUGCCAGUUGUAUGGAGGUGACCUUGCAGUCAUAGACAGCAAAGACAAAGAGAACUUCACUAUCAAUCACGUGUUUAAUAAAAAAUCCUUGAAACCCAAAAAUGGCUACUGGAUUGGACUGAGAGACGUGCACGAGGAAGGGACGUGGAAAUGGCUGGAUGGAAAAGUACUGGUUGAAGGGUACUGGAUUGAUGGAGAACCAAAUAAUGUCAACGAAGAGGACUGUGUAUCUGUUCUUCCCAAAGAAAACUUCUUCCAGGCUUGGAAUGAUGCGCCAUGCACACUCAAACUGAAAUGGAUCUGUGAAAAAGCACUAACUAAUAUAAGUUCAUAGUGUUUUGUCACUGCAUUUAAUAUUCAAGUUUAACUGUUUUCAAGAUCAAGGUUGUGUCUUUGCAGUUGAUUCCCCAAAACUCUGAAACGAGGGCGCGCAGGUGGUCGAGUGGUUAGACCGCAUGUCAUAUACGCAGGGGACCCCGGUUUGAAUCCCGGUUGGAGGUCCUUUGCUGCAUGUCACACCCCCCCUCUCUCUCCCAUGUUUCCUGUCUGUCUACUGCUAAAUAAAAGUGUCUAUGCCAGACAAAAUCUUUUAAAAAAAACCUCUGAAGCAAGUUGCCUCUGCAUGUUAGGCUGGCCCCCACACUGCCUGUUUUUAAAUCCUGUCUUGACAUUGACACAUUGUUAUCCCUUAGCUUUUAACUCAGUAUGAGAGUUGUCCUUUCUUUGUCUAUUACACUAUUUGUUGUGGUUUUUUUUAUUGUACAGCACUUUGGUCAACUGCUGUUGUUUUUGAAGGUACUCUAUAAAUACAUUUGGCUUGAAUUGA